AUGUUGUACUUACCACUGUGGUUGGCUAUAGCAGCGAUAGCCAUCGCCGACGCCAGACCUGUCGUGAGGGCAGCAGCAAUCCAAUACGCCUCGAAAGCCGUCAUCACUGAUCCUCCUCCUGCCAACUUGGCACGUGAUCUGAUCGGUCUCAGCAAGCUAGUCAAUAACACGGCGAAAACAAGGCCUGAUAUAGUGGUCCUACCUGAGGCCUCACUGUGGGGUUGGAUACUGGGCUACUACAAUGGCACCGAUGCAGGCGACCGAGCUGCCCGCCGUGCCGGGACCUUCAUAGCCCAUCACGGAGAUAUUCCCAUCAACUGGAGUGAGCCUAGCUGUAGCUGGUCAAAACUCGAUUGCCUAGAGUCUUCGCAGUGCGAGGAUCCUCUGCCGUAUCUCAGCUGUCUAGCUCGCCUUACUAACGUCACCCUAGUUGCUAACAUCCUUCAUAGGCCUACAUCUGAUGAGCAGUACAAUACUGAAGUUGCAUUCGGUCCUGAUGGUGCCGUACUAGAAUACUAUCAUAAGUGGCAUCUCUUCGGAGAGGCCCCUGCCUUAGACCAACCCGUAGCGAAGAAGCUCGGCGUGUUCGCGCUACCACAGAACCCUGCUGUAAAGGUUGGCUUGGUCGUAUGCUACGACUUAUUGUUCGUAUCGAACCUCCUCGAGAUGGUCAGAAGGCAUGGUGUGUCCUUGAUCGUAUUCUCGACUUCAUGGGCUUCGGCUUAUCCAUCGUAUAAUGUCGUUAUGGAGCAACAGGCCAUGGCCCGCUUCCUUGGAGUUGGUAUGAUCGCUGCUAACAACGCAGCAGCUUACAGCAACGGUGGUGGGCUAUAUGACGGUACUCCUGAAAUCACUGCCAAGUACAGCCUGGAUGAAUUCGACGGUGGAUGCGACAUAGCCGAGUUGAAGGCUGGUCGCCAUCAGCUUCAUGCCGUCAGUCCGAACAAGGCCAUUGAGUGCAGAGCAACCUUCACUGUUACGAAUCAGAUUGGUGAUGGUCAUCACCUCAGCCGCGUGGCUCUCGUCGCCUUCGAUCAAGGCUGGGUGUUCCCUCGAACGCCUGAUGGUUGGAAUGCCCGAGGAUGCGCCCUGGUCAGCUGUCAUCCUGGUAAGGCCGAGCCAUGCAAGUACAGUAUGCGAGCGGUGGGGCCCGACUUCACUAUCAAGACUGGUCUCGAGCUGCAUUCUGUCAUCCACUCCUCAAGAUGCUAUCAUGCGCCAUUGGCGAUGGUGGGCUACGGUACAGGAGGCGCCCAGUUGUUACAGACCGAGGAGAUCGACGUUAGCAAAGGUGUCACUGGUGCGUCGUGGAUGAGGAUCAAACGAUCACUCGUUGAACUAUAUAGUGUAGUUUUGUAUGCUAUACAGGAGAACAACGAUCCUAUCGAGGAUCUGUUGGGCCACCACUAG